AUGGCUAAUAUUCAAAAUUUCAACUUCCCCUAUUUCCCCCCAUUCCCACCUCAUAACUAUCCAUUUCCUCCAGUAACACCUCACCUUCCUCCACCAAGUGUGUCACCACCACACCAACCUAAUACACCUCCUUCACCUCCAAAAGUGGCACCACCACAUCCACCAAUUACGCCAUCGCCACCAAAAGUGGCACCACAUCCACCAGUUACACCGUCACCACCACAUCAUUAUCCUAGUCCACCACCUCCAGCAGCAAAGCCACCAAGUCAUUCAAUACCACCUCCAGCACCAAUUAAGCCACCACCCCAUCCCUUCCAUCCUCCACCUCCACCACAUGUUGUUCCAACUCCACCCCCACCUCCACCCGGACAUCAUUCUCAUACCAUCAUCAUUAUAUUCGUCUCGCUUGGUGGUCUAUUCUUUCUGGCAUUUCUCUCAGUUGCUCUAUGCUGCUUCCUUAAGAAGAGAAAGAAGAAAACCACUCAGGAAAUUGAUAUCAUGAAAGUGGAUGAACACAUGAAGGUCCACGAAGACAUCGUAACUCGUCCAGAUGGAACAAAGGCUGUCAUUCUGACAAUUGAUGAAGAUAUACAUAUUGAUGAAGAGAUCAUGAAAAAGGAAAAGGUGGAGAAGGGUUCACUAGGCCAAUUGGGAGGCGAAAAUCUUGAGGCAACAAGCACAAUGGCGUCAUCAUCUCGUAUCGAUCAUCACCACCAUGACCAUAAAGGCUGA